AUGUUUAAAAGUGAUAAGAUAAACGAAAUGAUUUUUACCCCUUCAUUAUUUCAGAUGAGAGAAAAAACACAAUUAUUUGAAAAAGAUAUCAUCUGUAGUGAUUUAAGAAUUAUAAAACGUAACUUAGUUUAUGUAUCAGGAAUAACAAACGAAUAUGCGAAUACAAAUUUAUUCAGUAGCUUCCGGUUCUUUGGGAAAUUCGGGAACAUAAAAAAAUUAAUUGUUAACACAAGGAUAAGAUUGAACGAGUCAAUACAUCUGAUAUACAUAACAUAUAUUGGAGAAGUGGAGGCAAAAAGAUGUAUAAGAGAAACAGAUGGGUCAAUUUUGGGAGGAAAAGUAAUAAGAUGUACAUAUGGAACAUCUAAAUAUUGUACAUUUUUCCUAAAAGGGGUACCCUGUCAAAACACAGAUUGUAUGUAUUUACAUGAGUUUGCAGCGAAAGAGGAUAUACUUUCAAAGGAAGAUUUAGGACACAUGAGAACAGAACUACAUGAUUUUGAAACAAUAAACCAUGGCAAAGUAGUCUUGGGAUUGGAUGAUAAAUAUGAGUUUUUAGAUGAGUUAUUAAGAUAUAAAAAGGAAGCGAGUUUUGAACCCCCCUCAAGAAUAACAUUUAAACCACUUUAUUUAGAGAACGAAAUACCCGAAGAAUAA